UGAGACAUUAUUCUGUGUACAGAGUCAUUUCAGCCUGCCUGAAGAUGAGGGCGAUUAUCUGCAGCUGCCUGUUGGCCUUCGUUCUGAGCUAUAAAGUCACUGCUGCAGUAAAUCAUGAAGUAUUCGAGAAGAACUCGGUGUCUCUGCCGUGUCCUCACCCUGUGGAUGGUAAAGUGACGUGGAGCAGAGAGAGCAAUGGAAACAAAGUCAACAUACUUACAGUUGAUGGUGACCGGGAGAUAAGAUACAACGACCCAGGCAGGCGAUAUGGUUCACUGGCAGAUAAAUUUAAGUCACUUUACAUUAUCAAAGUUACCAUCUCAGACGCUGGAAGAUACCUGUGUAAUAAUGAACCAGCUGUGGAGCUGACGGUGAUCCCACCAGGUAACAAGACACCACUUGCAACAACCUCAACGCCAACUACACCUACAGAAAGACGAACAACGGCAAGAACACUUGGUCCGGCAGCACCAACUGCACCAUCACCUGCAAACACCGAAACCACAAAGAAACAAAGUAAAAGUGGGCAACCCCGAAAUGAGAUUUACUUUGUGCCUCUGGUUGUUUGUGUGGUUCUGAUUGUCCUGCUGUUGGCUGGUUUUCUGCUGCUGCUCUUCAAAUGGAUGAAAAACAGAAACCUCAGAUCUUCAAAAAGCAGAAAUGUGGAGUUAUCUGUCGCCUCCAAGAACAGGACUCCAGUCUCCACUGGUGAAGACUCUACUUACCAGAGCCUCGAUCCUGCCAGCAGGGACCAGGACCAGUUCUACUCCUCACUCACUUAACCUUACAUAACUCCCAGAAAACCACAAAUAGUUGAAUCCUCACACAAACACAAAGUGAGCUUUAAAGGGCUUGAUAGGUUUUUAUGCUAAGCUACCUGUUGAACACCGACACCCCCGGUACCGGGUGCAGCACGCGAUCAUCAAAACCGCUGACUUUUGCGAUUUUUGCCGUUAUUUUUAAAAAUAUCUCCGGGCGCCAACUUGAUUAUUGUGCAAUUCCCGGGAGCUGUGCCUGCCUUCUCUCGCCUUUUUCUGCAGAACAGGAAAAGUGCCGCUUUAAAACACAUGGUCUUUUUGCGGCCUGGUAGCUGACUUGUAGGAGCUACAUAGAUGUUUUGUUAUUUGGAACUUGAUUGUAUGGACAGAAAUAGUGUUUUAAAGAUAACUCCCAAUAAAAGUCAACAUCUAAACAGUAAAUGUUGCCAAAAUAUAGACAUUCACCUGGUAUAUUUUGAAUAUAUUGUAUGAUAACUGUUGUAUUUUAGUUUAUUUUCAUAAAAUUUACAGUUACAAUUGCA